AUGUCUUACACAUCCGAGGAAGAAUCUGAAAUCAACUUCCAGCAGCAGCAUAAGUCGGCAGUCUGUGAAGCAGCACUGAGCAAAGGCAACCCCAUCAACUCUGCAGCUAAAAAGAGACGAAGUCAUCCUGGCAACCCAGAUCCAGAUGCAGAAGUAGUUGCAUUCUCACCAAAGACACUAUUAGCAACGAACAGAUAUAUAUGUGAAGUCUGCCAUAAGGGUUUCCAGAGAGACCAGAAUCUCCAACUCCACCGGAGAUGUCACAACUUACCCUGGAAGCUCAAACAGACAAGCGGCACUGAGACCAAGAAAAAGGUGUAUAUUUGCCCUGAGAUCACCUGCCCUCAUCAUGAUGCAAGCCGUGCUUUGGGUGAUCUAACAGGCAUAAAGAAACACUACUCGAGGAAGCAUGGUGAGAAGAAAUGGAAGUGCGAAAGAUGCUCCAAGAAAUAUGCAGUUCAGUCAGACUGGAGAGCUCACACAAAGAUAUGUGGCACCAAGGAGUACCGAUGUGAUUGCGGAACAAUAUUCUCGAGAAAAGAUAGCUUCAUCACACAUCGAGCCUUCUGUGAUGCACUAACUGAAGAUAACUCAAGAAUCAACCAAAGCCUUGCUGCGAUGGUGGGAAGUUUGCAUGGUCAACAGCAAGACAUCUUUCCACACACAAUACCUACUGCAAGCUAUUCACCAACUGAUGCAGUUGGAAACUUCUCUGGAAAUAGCCAGAGUUCAGAUAAACGUCUGAGAUCUAUAUCUCCUUAUACUUUCAUGGCAAGGAAUACUUCAUUGUUCUCCCACCAGAUAUUGCCAAACGAUUCUAGUAUUCCGAUAGAUGGGAGUGAACCAAACUCUCCUUACAUGUCCAUGAGUUCAUAUAUGUCAGCGACAGCCCUGCUACAGAAAGCAUCAGAGAUGGGAGCAAAGACCAGUGAAGAUCCUACAUCUCCAUUACUUCUGAAAGGUUUUCCGAAUUACUUUACCACUAGGAGUCAUAUCUCUUCUGGAAUCCUAGGGAACUCGACAGCUAAUAGUGAUAUAAAGAAGACUGCUGAAGUCAACAACAGCUCUUACAUGAACUCACCAUGGGCUGGUAGCUGCAUUGGACCUAAUAAUACAGUGCCUUGGAUUGGACUUCCUCCGUUCUCCACAAGGGCAGAAAAUAGAAGAGAAAAUAGAAGUUCUAACAUGGGUGAUGAGGAUCACAUGCAGGAAAAUGCACAUGAAAGCAUUUUUGGAGUUAGAGGCGUGGGACUAACACAAGACUUUCUAGGUUUAGGAGGCAAUGGUAAUGUCCAGAUGAGUGAUGACACCUACAAUGGGAAUACGUCAUUGAGCUACUCCGAUGAGCAGCCGAAAUCCCAGGAAGAUAUCUACUCUUAUCAUCAGUAGUCUCAUCAAUAUAUAGCGCUGGUGAAAUCCAGUUGGGAUUCAUAAGAUAAGUAGUUCACUUACAGCAAGAGCUCAAGCUUCAGCUGAUGCUAUCAGCUGAAGUCACUUCAAUAGCAGGUACUACAAUAUGAACCUUAUGUGUAACUGGAAAUAGGGUUAGGACUUAGGAAACAAUUUCAUGAAAUUCUGAAGACACCUGAGAUGAACUCGACUGAAUCAGCCAGAGUGGCUUAAGGAAAUCUUGUAUUACAUUCAAUAAGAAAUAAAUUCUGUAUACAAUUACGGUUGUGGAUGCAGGAAUGCAGAGUGCAGAACAACGUGUUUGGUUGAAUAAUUAAUAAGUAGAGUUUGUACAGUUACAACUUACAAUUUCAGCGAGCAGCAAAUGAACAAGAAACAACAGAGCUGCCUCUCAAAUGAGAAAACAACAGAACAAACUUUAAUCUGCUUUCAGUAAACACGCAUGCC